AUAAGGCACUAUGAAAGGAGAGAUUAAGGACCACCACCAUGCUAGACCAUCUCCCACCUUCAACCCAGCCUCUUGCCAACAUGUUAGACGAAGCAGAACCCAGCGGCUCUGCCAAGCCGUCGAAUUCCUUCUUGGUACUGAGCAGCGACGGCGACGAUGACAAAGCGGCGAACGAAGAUUUGAGCCUAAAGAUCGUCGAGAAGGCGCUGUUGAUGCGCGCAGCCAAGUUGGUUCCCGACGCCGUCGUCCAUUGGUUCUUUUUACUCGUGAAAAAAAGGAAGAGACUCCAUUGUUAAAUAACGGCCAAACCAGCCACUAGAAAAUAGAAUGCAACAAUCACCUAACUUUAUAUCUGAGGCAAAACUAACGCAUACAUUAAGUGUAAGAGUGUGUGAGAAUCUCAAGUCAACUAUCAACCAUGGCUGCAGCUGUAGCUAUAAGCAGCACAGUGAAGUACGGGAUCAUAGGUGUGGGAAUGAUGGGCAGAGAACACCUCAUCAAUCUCCAUCAUCUUCGCACCGAAGGCGUAGCUGUUUUUGCUAUAGCUGACCCCCAUGUCCCUUCCCAAGACCUUGCCCUGCAAUUAGCUCAAUCCUUUAAUUGGCCACUGAAGGUUUUUUCGGGGCACCGGGAGCUAUUGGACAGUGGUCUCUGUGAUGUACUGGUUGUGUCAACACCAAACAUGACCCAUUAUGAGAUUCUUAUGGAUAUCAUCAACCACCCGAAACCCCAUCAGGUAUUGGUGGAGAAGCCAUUAUGCACCACAGUUGCUCACUGCAAAGAGGUUGUUGUUGUGAACGAUAAAGAGGAGGAGGAGACAGUGGAAGCCUCAAAUAUGGUUGAGCCUAUUGAUCUAAAUUCUGUUGAAAUAACCGACAACAUUGUGUUUCGGAAGCUUCUUCGGGGGCCAAGGUAUUUUGAUCCCCCAGAUAGCGGUUGGGGAGCAUGCUUUAAUUGUGGUGAAGAAGGUCAUACAGUGGCAAACUGUACAGCAGCUAAGCGGAAGAAACCUUGCUUUGUUUGUGGGAGUUUGGAGCACAAUGCAAAGCAAUGCUCAAAGGUUAAAGAGAUAGUGUUCGUGAAUGUCGCUGCCACCAUCAUAUUAUCAGAACUGGCGCCGGAAUUGAAGUUGCCCUCGAAUUAUGAAGUUCUUCUUCGGAAAGUAUUUGAUGAUUGUACUAAGAGAGUUUGGCUGCAUAAAAAAACGGGUGGUGUUUGUUUGUCCAUUGCUUCAAAAGGGUUAGCAAUCACCGGGAUAGGUGAUUGAAGAUAUUGGAAUCAUAUCCCAACUGAAGAAUCUAGGUUUCAUCAAACUCCUGACAAAUUCGGUGCUAUAACUAUUUUUUACGGUGAUAUUUUGGAUUUGCUUAAUUUUCAGGUGGCUUAUUAGAAAUAGGCUCUCAAAGAUUAAGAACAAAUGUCCGAUCAUAAUAUUAUUUACAACAAACCCUUGAUGAAUAUCCUCCUCAAUGUAUUGACUCGACUUUGAAGAUUAGUCCCAAAUGUUUAGACAAUGAUGUUAUACCAACUCAUUUGGAUAUAUUUGCACUAUUUUCUAAAUGAUUUCCAUUGUAAUAAAUUGUUAUUAUUUGUUUCCCCUUA